AUGGAUCAACAACGCGAGGACAUGCUGGUGCUCUUGGACAAGGCCAAAGUCCAGUGGUUCAGCAGCUUUCCUCCAGUUUGCGACGGCGAAGAGAUCGAUUGGCGUCAACGCAAGUGGCUUCUGCGGACGACGUUCAAAGAGUAUGGAAUCCUCGACAUCGCGGAGGGCAGGCUCAAGAGAGACCAACCCAGCACUGCGGAAGGGAUAGCUUUUGAUCGCCAACAGUGCAAGAUCCAGCGCAUGAUCGCGUCGGCGAUACCACCACACCGCUUGCAGCAGGUUGACCACUUGGAGACCGACACUGAAAUUUGGGCGGGGGUGAACGAGAUCUACGAGAGGCGCAUGAACCCGGCGAUGUGA